GAGACAAAUCACACGUGUUGCAAAUGUCUGUAUAUUCAUUAUUGUCGAAGGCUAAUGGCUAAUAAAAAAGACGAAGAGAAGAACCUAACCCUUGUAAUCAACUUUCCCACUAAAUUUUAAAUACAAAUACAACAAAUGAAACUGCAAUUUAACUAAAUAUGAACGUUGAAUUGUAUAAUAACAUUAUUUCUUCAAUAAGAAACCAUAAAGGUCUCUCUAUGGAUUGUAUGAAGCAACUUGUCCAAAAAUUUCCAGAUUGUAGUUACGAUACUUUAUGCAGUAUCUUGCAAUUCGAAUACCAAAAGAGAAUGAAAGUAAACCACACGAAAAUGCACAGCAGCAAACUCAAAAUUUGGGAUUCGUAUAGUAGUUCAAUUGCAUCAAACGAUCAUUCCGGAGUAAUAGUAAGAAUUGCGGAAAAUUUAGACGUCGCGCCUUGUUUGGUAGCUAAAAUUAUUUUACACAAAUACUUUGAAGAGAAUUACAAUAAAGACAAUGAAGAGCAACAACCUGUUACUAACGUAAAUGUUUAUUUGAGAGAUACUACGCUUAUAUCGGACCCGAGAUUGGCAUACGAGGUGUAUUUGUGCACUUUGUAUGAUAAUAUGUACAGUCCCAUAGUGGAUGUCAUGAAAAGUUCACUUGGCCAACAGUACGAAAUAAAGCUGUACAGAGAAGCCACUGAGUUAGGACUAGGAUUUAGAGAUGAGGAACAUCUGAGAAAACAUGGUUAUGAUAAAACCCCCGAUUGUAAAUUAGAAGUUCCCGUUUCUAUAAACGGAUUUAUUAUAAAUUGGAUAGAAAGUAAAGCAUUAUUUGGAGAGGCAGAAGCUCAUAGGGAUUACAUGAGGCAUCAAUAUAUGAGUUAUUGGAACAGGUUUGGAUCUGGUUUAGUGAUUUAUUGGUUUGGAUAUCUUGAGACGAUAGUUGAACCAAAUGAUAAAAAAAUUAUGAUCAGCGAUCAUUUACCUAAAAAUAUUGUUAGUUUACCACAACCAAGUUUUGAUUUGUUACUUUGAUGUUUAAAACGUUAAGUUAAGGCACUUAUAUAAUUGAUAAUUUGUAUUGUAGAUGGUUUAUUUAUUAUAUCUUAAUCUAAGUUAUUUUAACUUUCAGAAAUAAAUUCCCUAAUACCUUGUAGUAGUAUUUUGUAUUUUCUUCUGCAUUUUCUUUGACUUUCCAUAUUUCUCAUUAUUUCUUUUAUCACAUAUUUGUCUUUUGUGUUGUAAAUAAGAUACAUAUAGCUUUUAAGUAUAAAUACCUAUUGUGAUAUUUAUUUAAGAGAAAAUAACUGUUAAAGAAUGUUCUUAUUGUUAAUGUUUGUAAUGUAU